CAGGGAGCCCGCGUCCUUUCCCUGGUGUGAUUCCGUCCUGCGCGGCUGUUCUGUGGAACAGUAGUCGUUUCUCUCCGUCCGCCUUCUCUCCCACCUAAGUGCGUGCCACCACCUCAUGGAAGAUUCGAUGGACAUGGACAUGAGCCCCCUGAGGCCCCAGAACUAUCUUUUCGGUUGUGAACUAAAGGCUGACAAAGAUUAUCACUUUAAAGUGGAUAAUGAUGAAAACGAGCACCAGUUAUCUUUAAGAACGGUCAGUUUAGGAGCUGGUGCAAAGGAUGAAUUGCACAUUGUUGAAGCAGAGGCAAUGAAUUAUGAAGGCAGUCCAAUUAAAGUCACACUGGCAACUUUGAAAAUGUCUGUACAGCCAACGGUUUCCCUUGGGGGCUUUGAAAUAACACCACCUGUGGUCUUACGGUUGAAAUGCGGUUCAGGGCCUGUGCAUAUUAGUGGACAGCACUUAGUAGCUGUGGAGGAAGACGCAGAGUCAGAAGAUGAAGAGGAAGAGGAUGUGAAACUCCUUAGUAUAUCUGGAAAGCGUUCUGCCCCUGGAAGUGGUAGCAAGGUUCCACAGAAAAAAGUAAAACUUGCUGCCGAUGAAGAUGAUGAUGAAGAUGACGAUGAUGACGAUGAUGAUGAAGAUGAUGAUGAUGAUGAUUUUGAUGAUGAGGAAGCUGAAGAAAAGGCUCCAGUAAAGAAAUCUAUACGAGAUACUCCAGCCAAAAAUGCACAAAAAUCUAACCAGAAUGGAAAAGACUCAAAACCAUCAACACCAAGAUCAAAAGGUCAAGAAUCUUUCAAAAAACAGGAAAAGACUCCCAAAACACCGAAAGGACCUAGUUCUGUAGAAGACAUUAAAGCAAAAAUGCAAGCAAGUAUAGAAAAAGGUGGUUCUCUUCCCAAAGUGGAAGCCAAGUUCAUCAAUUAUGUGAAGAAUUGCUUCCGGAUGACUGACCAAGAGGCUAUUCAAGAUCUCUGGCAGUGGAGGAAGUCUCUUUAAGAAAAUAGUUUAAACAGUUUGUUAAAAUUUUCCGUCUUAUUUCAUUUCUGUAACAGUUGAUAUCUGGCUGUCCUUUUUAUAAUGCAGAGUGAGAACUUUCCCUACCGUGUCUGAUAAAUGUUGUCCAGGUUCCAUUGCCAAGAAUGUGUUGUCCAAAAUGCCUGUUUAGUUUUUAAAGAUGGAGCUCCACCCUUUGCUUGGUUUUAAGUAUGUAUGGAAUGUUAUGAUAGGACAUAGUAGUAGUGGUGGUCAGACAAAUGGAAAUGGUGGGGAGACAAAAAUAUACAUGUGAAAUAAACUCAGUAUUUUAAUAAAGUA